UUAAUGGUUUCAACAGGACAGAUUGAUUCACUUUGGAGCUGUAAGUACUGAUGUAUUAGGGUGCAGCGCUCAUUGUUCAUUGACGCACAGAGUCCCAAAAUGAAUAUCCAAGAGCAGGGUUUCCCCUUGGACCUCGGAGCAAGUUUCACCGAAGAUGCCCCCCGACCCCCAGUGCCCGGUGAGGAGGGUGAACUGGUGUCCACAGACCCCAGGCCUGUCAGCCACAGCUUCUGCUCUGGGAAAGGUGCUGGGAUUAAAGGUGAGACUUCAACAGCCACUCCCAGGCGCUCAGAUCUGGACCUGGGGUACGAGCCCGAGGGCAGCGCGUCCCCCACCCCGCCAUACUUGAAGUGGGCCGAGUCGCUGCACUCCUUGCUAGACGAUCAAGACGGGAUAAACCUGUUUAGGACUUUCCUGAAGCAGGAGGACUGCGCCGAUCUGCUGGACUUCUGGUUUGCCUGCAGCGGCUUCAGGAAGCUGGAGCCCUGUGACUCAAAUGAGGAAAAGAGGCUUAAGCUGGCCAAAGCCAUCUACCGAAAGUACAUCCUUGACAACAAUGGCAUUGUGUCCAGGCAAACCAAGCCAGCCACCAAGAGCUUCAUAAAGGACUGCAUCAUGAAGCAGCAGAUCGAUCCUGCCAUGUUCGACCAGGCCCAGACGGAAAUCCAGUCCACCAUGGAGGAGAAUACCUACCCCUCAUUCCUCAAGUCUGAUAUUUAUUUGGAAUACACAAGGACAGGCUCGGAGAGCCCAAAGCUCUGUAGUGACCAGAGCUCUGGGUCAGGGACCGGGAAGGGUGUCCCCGGAUACCUGCCCACUUUGAAUGAAGAUGAGGAAUGGAAGUGUGAUCAGGACGUAGACAAAGACAGUGGCAGAGACCCUGCCCCUCCUGGCAGGCUCGCACAGAAGCUGCUCCUGGAGACAGCCGCCCCGAGGGCCUCUUCAAGUAGACGGUACAGCGAAGGCAGAGAAUUCAGGUAUGGAUCCUGGCGGGAGCCCAUCAACCCCUACUACGUCAGCUCUGGCUAUGCACUCGCCCCAGCCACCAGCGCCAACGACAGUGAGCAGCAGAGCCUGUCCAGCGAUGCUGAUAGCCUGUCCCUCACCGACAGCAGCGUGGAUGGAAUCCCACCGUACAGGAUCCGCAAGCAGCACCGCCGGGAGAUGCAGGAGAGCGUCCAGGUCAACGGGCGGGUGCCUCUACCUCACAUUCCUCGCACUUACCGAAUGCCAAAGGAAGUCCGUGUGGAGCCCCACAAGUUCGCUGCGGAGCUCAUCCACCGCCUAGAGGCCAUCCAGCGGACGCGGGAGGCCGAGGAGAAGCUGGAGGAGAGGCUAAAGCGUGUGCGGAUGGAGGAGGAAGGCGAGGAUGGCGACAUGUCCUCUGGUCCCCCAGGGGCCAGUCAUAAAUUGCCUUCAGCUGCGGCCUGGCACCACUUCCCGCCCCGCUAUGCGGACGUGGGCUGCGUGGGGCUGCGGGACGCACACGAGGAGAACCCCGAGAGCAUCCUGGAUGAGCAUGUGCAGCGAGUCAUGAGGACGCCCGGCUGCCAGUCACCAGGGCCUGGCCACCGCUCGCCAGACAGUGCACAUAUGCCCAAGAUGGCAGGAGUGCUGGGGGCCGCAGGGCCCGGGCAUGGGAAGCACGGGCCCAAGUUGGGGGCAAAGCUGGACUCAGCUGGCCUGCACCUCCACAGACACGGCCACCACCAUAGCCACCACAGUGCAGCCAGGCCCAAGGAGCCAGCUGAGGCUGAGGCCUCCCGCCGGGUCCAGAGCAGCUUCCCGUGGGGUCCAGAGCUACACGGCCAUGUGGCCAAGCCCCGCGGCCACCUGGAGAACCUGGGCUCCACCCCCAACGCCAGCGACAAUCUGGCCUACAGUGGAAAGGUGGCCACAACCUCUAAAAGAAAUGCUAAGAAGGCCGAGUCAGGGAAGAACACCAACGUGGAGGCACCAGGCCCCUCGGAAGAUGCGGAGAAGAACCAGAAGAUCAUGCAGUGGAUCAUCGAGGGCGAGAAGGAGAUCAGCCGGCACCGGAAGGCCGGCCACGGGUCGUCCGGGGCAAAGAAGCAGCAGGCCCAUGAGAGCUCCAGGCCCCUGUCCAUCGAGCGUCCCGGGGCCGUGCAUCCCUGGGUCAGCGCUCAGCUCCGGAACUCGGUCCAGCCCUCCCAUCUCUUCAUUCAAGACCCCACAAUGCCACCCAACCCGGCCCCGAACCCUCUGACGCAGCUGGAGGAGGCCCGCAGGCGUCUGGAGGAGGAAGAGAAGAGAGCCAGCAAGUUGCCCUCAAAACAGAGGUAUGUGCAGGAGGUCAUCCAGCGGGGGCGCUCCUGCGUCAGGCCAGUGUGCACGCCCGUGCUGAGCGUGGUGCCAGCGGUGUCGGACCUGGAGCUCUCCGAGACAGAGACGAAAUCGCAGAGGAAGGCGGGUGGUGGGAGCAUGCAGCCGUGCGACAGUAUUGUCGUGGCCUACUACUUCUGUGGGGAGCCCAUCCCCUACCGGACCCUGGUGAGGGGCCGUGCGGUUACCCUGGGCCAGUUCAAGGAGCUGCUGACAAAGAAAGGCAACUACAGAUACUACUUCAAGAAAGUGAGUGAUGAAUUUGACUGUGGUGUGGUGUUUGAGGAAGUGCGGGAAGACGAGGCUGUCCUGCCUGUCUUCGAGGAGAAGAUCAUCGGAAAGGUGGAGAAGGUGGACUGACCAGCACGCCUGGCCUCUGCGCUGGCUGGGCCCUCAUGGGCCAGGGGCAGGGGCAGCUGCACCGAGAGCAAGGUCAUGCGGCGUCACGUGCUCUUGAGUGUGUAGAAGACACGGGGUCUUGGUGGGAGGCCAGGUGCCACCUACCCCACAGCUGCCCGCCCCUUGGCUCCAUCUGUUUCCAGGUGGGUGGAGGUCCCUGAGGGUCCCAAAGGCUUCUGUCCACUCCUCCAUAGGAAUACUCAGAGAGUCCGCCCUAGCAGGGAGCCCGCCUUGGGGCCGCCUCGAGACCCUCCCCAGCGGCCCCUGCUGCUAACUGCGGGCAGCCCCCGGCGCUCACUCCACAGGCUCUGCUCCUCCCUCUGAGACUAGCCGCCUGCCAUGGCCUGCCCUGGUCAGGCCUGUCCCCGAGCUGGGGUGCAGGGCCUGCGAGGCCUCUGCCAAUUGUACGUGUCACCGAGUGCCUUCAACACAGCUUGUCUCUUGCCUGCCACUGUGCGGACCCGGCAACGGAGCAACGAGGCCUUCCCUCCUCUGCCCUCGGUUUAUGAGCACUGGCUCAGCGGGUCCCGGGCCCCUCCUUCCUAAGGGCCCCUGUAAAUAUGUACAGUUCUCAGGCCCAGGCCAGUUGGGGGGCUGCCCUGAGCCCGUUUUUCAUGCGCUGACUUGUACAAUUAUCUUUUCAAAGGUACUUGGAUAAUAAUGAAAUAAAACCAUUUUUGAACCUUC